CUACGAGUCGCCACUUUUCUGAACGAAGAAUCAGAGGAACACAAUCAAUUUCCUAACCUAAAAUUCACAUAUGAUCGCGCAGUAACGCUUUGAAACGUAGUGCGAGUUGAGUGAGAUCUAGUCUAAAGAAAGGAGAUGAGCGAUGCCGAGCUUCAGGAAGAGGAAAGAGAAGUACUGUCCUCGAUAUACGAUGGCGAUCCAGCUUUCAAGCAGUUAACACCUACGAUAUUUCAAUACAAGUACGGAGAAGAUAACGAUUCAAAGUCAUUUCUGCUGGAAAUAUCAUGGGGCGCAACAUAUCCUUCAGAGAAGCCAACCAUCAAUAUGAACAUAUUUUAUAACAAACAUAUAGUGCAAGAGGUAAAGGACAAGGUGGUGAGUCACGUAGAGGCAGAGGCUGAGCAAUGGUUAGGUAGCGCUAUGACGUAUACCUUAUUUCAGUCUGUCCAAGAACAUUGCGCAGACUUAGUAUCCAAUCAACCGGACUCAGUCACAGAAGUAAAUUCCUACACUAGUAAACUCAAGAUCGCGGAUGAGAACCAACAGAUUGAAGAAACGACGAAAAAACCGAAGAAAGAACAACUAACCAAAGCUCAGAAGCGUAAGCAGUGGAACAAGGCAGAUGGCAAAGGUGAGAGACCACGCGGAUGGAACUGGGUGGACAUAGUGAAACAUUUGUCGCAGACUGGCCCUAAAUCGGAGCAAGAAUCUUAGUUCGAAAGUCACUUGCAUCAUUUUGUACAGUAUAAAAAGCAUGCUAUAUUUUUAUAAAUGUUGGAAAUAAAUAAAUAAUUUCUUCGUAUCUACCUAGCA